ACUACCGAGGGUGUAAAAAAAUGAAAGGGUUUUUGUCAUAAAGCCAAAGAAAAAGCCAGGCAGAGUUAUUCCUGGUAUGCUAUGUCCAAGCCAUGACAUAUAGAAGGAUUAUUAUUGUAGAAAGUCACCAUUUGGUUGAAAGGUAGACCUGCGGGUGCAAAUAGAGACGAAAUAACUGAUCACGUCAUCGAUGGGAAUGACGCACGUGCGUGUUUGUGCGAGGGAGGGGAUGGACUUGCCGACUUCACGGGUGACGGUUAAAGAGCUCACGUCCACGCCACGUCCACCAGCACAGAGCAACCCAGACGUCCGUUCAGACUUGAGACUGACAUCAAGUCAAGCCCAACUUGUGCUGCCGGUGGAGUGGCCCGGUCCCAAAAAUGCUUUGUGGAGCCACAGUGUGCGUGCUCACUCUGGCGCUGUGCGCGGGCCACGGCGUGCGGGCUGAAGCGCUCGUAGCACGGGACUUUGGCGUCAAGCUGUGCGGCAGGGAAUUCAUCAGAGCCGUCAUUUUCACCUGCGGGGGCUCACGCUGGAGGCGCUCCAUGGGUAAGUACAUAUUUCUCUUCUUAGUACGCUCAAAUUGGUUGAUUUUUUUAAGGAGAAAAGUCCAAUCUGUAUCUGCUUUCAGUCACAUGACACAAAUACCUGUUUUCCAUCAUCCUCCAGAAGCUGUCCGCUGGAGAGACAAGACGACGGACACCUCCUUCCACAAGGGCAGCCCCCUUUCCCUGCGAGCACCCCCGUCCUCUUCCUCCUCCCUGGAGGACCUCCUGUCCUUACGCCGGCAGCUGUGGGACACGUCUCACUUGUCUCCCGUUUUAGCCGUCCUGGCAGCAGAGGACCAGCACACGAGUGGCAGCAGCAGGAGGAGGAGAAGGAGUAGUAGGAGUAGGAGGAGGAGGCGGCACUUUUCUCUGGGAGUAGCGGGGAUUUGCUGCAGCCAGGGAUGCAAUAAGAACGAUAUCGGACUCUUGUGUUGAGGUUGUGAGGACAUCCUGUUUCUUUCUACUCGCAUCACGGUCAUCUUUCAGCAUUUUGAAGAGAAAUAAAUAUUGUCUAAAUAUGUAAGAAACCACUUAUUUGUUUUGUUUUUCAUCCCCACUUAAUAAUCGCCAACUAAAAAUGUGAUACAUGACGUUUAUUAGAAAGGGGAGGGUUUUAAUGAGUUUUAAAUAUUUGUUUUCUUAUUUUUUGUCCCUACGUAACACAAAAAAGCGCACAAUGAGCAAUGUUUGACCUAUUUACACGUAUAAAAAUAUAUUAGUAAAAAAAAAUGGAUGAUUCCUUAAAACGAUAUGAUGAAAUAUUGGCUAGUUGUGGACUCCCCUAGGGACCCCUCUUCAGGUGUAGUGUAUCCAGUCCUCACGUAAACAACACCAAGCUAGUCCGCGUUGUCUCGCGCCGUCUCCACGCUGUGGAUUAACAUCUGAAAAGUGGGCCUCCGUCCCGGCUCGCCGCUCCAGCACUCGGCCAUCAUGUGGCGUAUCUGCCAUGAAAGCGUGGUAACGUUAUGUGUGUCACAGGUUUAAUACUAUUAAUAAUUCAUAAUCCUAUUAUCACUGAAGGAGCUGCUGACCUCCUGGGGGCAGUUCUCCGGCACGGGCAAGCGGUAGCCUUGCUUGAGAAGGUCGAUGAGAUGAUAGACGAUCAUCUGCCCUUGCUUCUCGUGGCCCAUCUGCUCCAUGAACACCUGAAUGGACACGCUAGACCCCCUUAGGUGUCUUUGGUUAAGCGUACAUUGUAUGUGUGGUGUGUUUAGGUACCGCAGGCGGGCUGUAGCUUUUAUCACAGUAGGUGAAAAGCUCAUAGAGGACCACUCCAAAACUCCACACGUCCGAGGCCACGGAGAACUUGCUCUCGGUCAAAGACUCUGGAGAAUACC